AUGUGUACCUUUACCCUGUGCACCUUUGGCUUGCUCGAUUGCCCCUCGUUGCCCCUGUUGAGCACAUGGAUCACUGUCGAAAUACAAGAAGCAUUUUACGAUGCAUUCCAAAUGGAACUGCGCAUGCAGGUGGAGCUGAUGAGGAAGUCUGUUGCUGCUAGGCGUAGCAACGCCUACCUAUGCAAUCUUGGGUUAGAUUUACUCAUUCUGCAGGCCAAGAUGCACCGUGCCAAUGCUGAAAAUAAGCUCUAUACGCUGGCCAUUCAAAACACUUCUGAAUCCAGCUCCUCUGACCUCACUAAUGCAGUUGCAGGUUUAUGGACAUUCUGGGAUCAAACUAUCUCAACGCAUUUGUCCUCAGAGGAAUUGAAUUGCCAUGACGAGGACAUUGAUGACAGCAUGACCGACUGUGACGACGAUGGCACGGACGACUGUGAUGAACAUGACACAGACGAUGAUGACACGGACGACAAUGACACCGAAGUUUGCUCUCGCUGA